AUGGCGAUUACUAACGAGGACAAUGGAUCGACUCACGAAGCUGUAGCUGUAGCACCAGUGAUCGAUCAGCAUCAUCCAUUGUUUCUGCAACCGAGUGACACUCCAGGCAGUUCUCUCAUCUCUGUCAAGCUCAUAGGACCUGAGAAUUACACUUUGUGGAGUAGUGCUAUGGGCGUUAGUCUGCUAGGUAAAAGUAAGCUAGGGUUUGUAAAUGGAAGGUAUAGAAAAGAAAAGUUUCCUCUUGUUCUUCAUGAACUCUGGGAAAAAUGUAAUGCUAUAGUCCUAUCGCGGAUUAUGAACUCUGUGUGUGCUGAAUUGCUAAGUGACAUGGUCUAUGCUUCGAGUGCUGACAAAGUGUGGAUGGACCUCAAAGAGACAUUUGAUAAAGUUAAUGGUUCUAGAGUGUUAUAUCUGCAUAAACAAAUUGCAACUCUGGCUCAAGGACUGUAA